AUGAGCAUCAUAUCGAAGUACAUCAGAAAGCCACCUGCUUCUUGUUCCAGGACUCUAGCGCUUGCGGGCCAACCAACUCCCUCCGAGGACUACACAACGAGUGCAAACGCUGGUCAAGAAGACCCUGAGAAGGAGAAGUUCAACGCGAGAGAGCAGAGCCUGAUCGCCCUCUUCAAACAAUGCUGCUCAAACACGAGGGAUGUGAGUCGGAUUCACGCGCAGAUCGUCAAGACCGGGUUCGACCAGCACGUCUUCGUGGCGGGCAGAGUCGUCUCCUUCUGCUGCGCCUCGGAGCAGGGUUCGGUGGACUACGCGGCCUCGGUGUUCGAGGAGUUGCAGUAUCCUGACGGGUUCCUUUUCAACACGAUGAUCAGAGGGUUCGGGAGGACCAACAGAACAGAGGAGGCGUUUUCCAUGUACAAGAGGAUGAGGAACAGGGGGAAGCCGGCCGACAACUUCACCUUCUGCUUCCUGCUCAAGAUAUGCGGUCAGUCGACGGCUGUUGAAUUGGGGAAGCAGGUCCACUGCUGCAUACUCAAGCAGGGGCUGCACUCCCACGUCUACGUCUCCAACACCCUCAUCCACAUGUACGGACUCUUCCGAGGCAUGGAUGACGCCCUCAAGGUGUUUGAAGAAAUGAGCCACGUCGAUCUGGUCUCUUGGAACACUCUCCUCGACGGCUACGUGCAAUGCAGCGGGUACGAGGAAGCGUGCAGCGUUUUCCUGAGAAUGCAGAGAAGCGGUUUCAGGCCCGACGAGGCCACCUUGGUUGUGGCCCUCUCUGCCUGCUCUGAGCUGGGUAAUUUAGAUUUCGGCGGACGGGUCCACUCCAGUAUUACCGCUUCUGUUCUCGAUCAGAGCAUCUCCGUUUCCAACUCCCUGAUCGAUAUGUACGCCAAGUGCGGAGCAGUUGACAGGGCGGCGCAAGUUUUCGAGGUUAUGAAAGAGAGGAACACGGUAUCGUGGAAUUCGAUGAUAUUAGGACUUGCUGUGCAUGGGAAUUCAGAUGAUGCGCUGAGACUGUUCGAUCGAAUGCUGGAAUGCAACAAGCCAUAUAAUGAGCCCAGUGACAUUACGUUCCUGGGAGUGCUGUGUGCCUGCAGCCAUGGAGGCCUGGUCGAGCAAGGGAGGAGAUAUUUCGACAGGAUGCAGAGAGAAUAUGGAAUAAGUCCAAGCAUAAGGCACUUUGGAUGCAUGGUUGAUCUGCUCGGGAGAGCAGGACUUGUGAGGGAGGCCUAUGAGCUAAUAAAGGAGAUGCCGAUGGAGAGCAAUGCUGUUGUGUGGAGGACAUUGUUAGGAGCGUGCAGGGUGCACGGAGACCUUGCACUGGCAGAAGUAGCGAAGAAGCAUCUAGCACGCUUGGACCCCGAUCACAGUAGCGAUUAUGUUCUGCUUUCGCAUAUGUAUGCUACUAAACAUCAGUGGAAGGAUGUUUUUGAUGUAAGAGAGGCAAUGAAGGGGAAAGGUGUUCAGAAGCCACAACCUGGUAACUGCCUCAUCUAA